CCGCCCUCCAAGGACGUCGUUAUUCAUCAUGAGCCGGCGGUACGAAACUCUGGCGACUACUCCAGCGCCCUUUGCGUGUCUGGCUUGCCGGGAUUCUAAGCGGCGAUGCGACCGCUCCAUUCCUCAGUGCAAAGGCUGCAUCCAAAAGCGAAUUGUAUGCGAUUAUCCGUACCGCCGCAAGAAGCGAGAGCGAAAGCGACCAGCCAGCAACUCAAUAGUCUCUCCAAUCUCGAAUCUCUUAACAGACCGCUCGCCAGCCUCCGGCUCAGCCGAGACCUCUGGAGCAAGCCCAGACUAUUAUGAAAGCCUCCAUCUCGCGCCUUUGAACCCAACUGGUGCCAAUUUUCUCACUGAGAGGUUCUUGGACCCUGAAGGCUUCCGUAGCGCCCAGCUGAGAGUACCUGAGCCAGAUGUGGAUUACCUAAUUACAAAGGAUGUAUCCGACUUUGUUGGUGAUGUUGCCAACAUCAAGGCAAUAUCGGACAAGUUCUUUGAUUCUGUCCACGAAUGGAUGCCAAUUAUAUCCAAGAUCCAGUUUUUGGCUAACUUGGUCAGUUCGUUGACUCACAAACGUGCUGAACUCUUCUUCCUCAUCCUCGCUAUGAAACUGGUUUGCGAGCCAGGUUCAAGCUCAAGAACGCCGCUUUAUCAGAUAACAAAACAGCUGCAACAUAAAAUUGAAAAUUCUGGAGUUCUCUCUCUCCGGGUGGUUCAAGCGUCAGUUCUCAUCAUUAUUUACGAGUUGGGGAAUGGCAUAUAUCCAUCUGCCUUCUUAUCCAUUGCUAGCUCUGCUCGAUAUGCAUGCGCGGUUGAUGUCGACAAGUCAAUUCUGCAUUGCGAAAUUAACGGUAUUUCGUGGCCAGAACUGGAGGAACGCCGCCGAGCAUGGUGGUCGCUGCUUGUUCUGGACAGAUUCUUGAACUUGUCUGACCCGAGUCGUCAUCUUGUGACUUCUGACCCGGCGAUAGAGAACUGGCUCCCAAUUGAUGAUGCAGCAUUCAAUGCUGGGACAUCUCGACCAGAAGAUGCAUUUACGCUGGGUUCAGCUAAUGCUCUUAAUUUGGGCCGAUUUGCUCGCUUUGCGCAAGGUGCCCAUUUACUCGGCCAGGUUUUACGCCAUGUUGCUGAAAAGUCUCCAGAGAGCGAGACCGCACAGUUGAGGCGGACUAUCUUCUCUUUGGUCAAUGUCUCCAGUUUGGAAGCAAAGUUCAGGCAGCUGGAAUUCUGCGCACAAACAUCUGUGUGCUAUUGCGGGAUACUCUUACUAGACUGCUCUCAAAGUCAAAGAGAGUCAAAUUGCCCUGUCAUAUCGCUCGACCACUUAUCUGUGGAAAGCAGCCUGAUUUCGCAGACAGUUUUGCAAAUAUCCGUCUACAUCACCCAGCGCCCUGAAAACGAUGUACACCGGCGCUCGUCUCCAUUCCUCCUGCAUAUGUUGUAUAGGGUGGCCAUGCUCUAUUUAAAGGCUUCGAAAACUACCCCUAGCGAGUCCUUGGCUGAUAAACUGCACGUUAUUAAGCAGGGGCUUGAACUCCUCAGCCGCCGAUAUCAUGUUGCUCAAUCAUAUCUUUCGUUAAUAUCUCGCCGCGAAAUAAUGCAAGCAAUGGAAUAAGCAUGAGUAAUAAGGUGUUUGAAUUUUACAUGAUGAUGGUUUAACGGUUAGCGGAACUUGUUCAUUGAAGAAAGUAUGAUAUAAUGAUGUUGAAGAUAUUGUUCUCUACAUAUAACCUGCA